GUAAACUUCACCAACUCGACUUCAGAGUUUCUCCUGUAUCCACAUUCAAAGUGACUAACCAGGCACGGUGGCUGAUUUGCGGAGCAACGCCUUCCUAAUUGGGGUUGAAUAUAUACCCAUUAUCAACUGAAUCCUAUCUGCUCAUUCGCUCAUAACGAACUCUAUCGAAUUUCCUAGAGUAUGUCGCCAGAAGAGUGUGCUCCAGCCUUGCGUCCUCUUAAGCCACGCCCUGAAUACGUACAGCAAAGCAAAGAGAAGGAUGUUGAGCCGUGCAGUGUGAGAGGAAUUCGAUCGCCUGCCGCUUGCACCGAGUGUCGCAGGCGGCGAAUAAAGUGCAACGGUUAUACGCCAUGCGAACCGUGUACCCUUCAUAACCGUGAAUGUGUUAUUGACCUGCGACAUGACAAGCGUAAGAAGACACAUCUCAGGGAAUUGGAACAAGAGCUUCAAUAUUACCGCACAUUUAUCCAUCAACUGUAUCAGGUUAUCGGUGAGUGUGAUGAUGCAGAUGUGAAUCAGCUUGUCAGCCUGAUCCGAGAUGGAGGAACAAAAGAGGAUAUCAAGAAUACUAUCGAAGGCUAUCUGCAAGACAAUACUCAGCAUCCUAUAUGUGGGGAGUCUAGUGGAAAGGACGAAUGAGGCUCUACUUGCAGUACUUUAUGGAGCUGCAUUUCCACAUCUGAUUUGGACACAUCGAUAGAUGUUGGCUGUUUCAUAUGUCUGCUUUUAGUGUCGUAUUGACAAAAAAGAUCAUUGAUUACUUACAUUAACAUAGUAUUAUUUGGAUGCAGGAGUGAGAUACAGAAGGAACUUAUUAGGAAGAUAUCUGCUCACUAGCUAUCUCAAGGCCUGAUAAUCAAUAUAAAGGCUUCCCAGUAG